GUUGUCGUAGCAGGUUAGCUCCUCCUCCUGCUCCAAAAACAGAUGGAGAAAAGAAAAAAUUGUAUAUUUCUUUUAACUAGUUGAAUAAUCUGUUCCAGUUUAUAUACGAUUUAUGGGGAGAAAUAUGUUACAUUUAACACAAUUUAUCUAGUCUCAGUGUUAUAUGAGAAAAAGGACCGCUAUGUGAAUUUUGAAAUUAUUCUUAUUCCUGUCUUGUAAAGAACUGAUAAGAAAAUUAUCAUUUUGUUUGACAGCGAAAUUUUUAUAUAGUAUAAAAAAGCCAUGAAAUUAAAUGACGAGCGGUAUUCUUGAUACCCUGCAGAUUUUAGUUAAAAUGAUAGUGUUUAAAAGUUCUUUAAUUCAAUUCUAUAUUUGUUGUUUUGUUGUAUGCUACAUUUUCCCACUAUGCAUCACAGAGGAAAUAAAAAGGAUGUCGAAAGGUGAACGAAUAAAGCUGAGGGAAGAAGCAAGGGAUAUGUUUUAUCAUGCCUACAAUGCUUACAUGGAAAACGCAUAUCCAGCUGAUGAAUUAAUGCCUCUAAGUUGUCAGGGUCGGUAUCGAGGUUUAACACCUAAUAGAGGUGAUAUAGAUGAUUCUUUAGGAAACUUUUCUCUUACACUUAUUGAUACAUUAGAUACAUUGGUGGUCUUGGGGGAUUUUGAAGAAUUUGAGCAUGGUGUAAAAUUAGUUAUAAAAGAUGUCAAUUUUGAUAACGAUAUAGUAGUAUCAGUGUUUGAAACAAAUAUACGAGUUGUGGGUGGUUUAUUAUCAGCACAUAUCUUAGCUGAUCUCUUGCAACAACGAGAUGGAAUAAUGUCUUGGUAUAAAGGCGAACUACUAGAUAUGGCGAAAGAUGUAGGGUAUAGAUUGUUACCAGCAUUUAACACAACCACUGGUAUACCCCAUGCAAGAAUAAAUUUGAGAUACGGCAUAAAAAGUGAUAGACUGGAAUUAGCGAAAGAGACUUGUACUGCUUGUGCAGGAUCUAUGAUUUUAGAAAUGGCAGCUCUAUCUCGACUGACUGGAGAGCUAAUUUUUGAGGAAAAAGCCCACAAAGCAAUGGAUGAGUUAUGGAAAAUGCGUCAUCGAAGUUCAGACCUAAUGGGUACUAUACUUAAUGUACAUUCAGGUGAUUGGGUACGUAGGGACUCUGGAGUGGGUGCUGGAAUUGAUUCAUACUAUGAAUAUUGCCUGAAGGCUUAUAUUUUACUUGGAGAUAAUAAAUAUUUAAAUAGGUUCAAUAGGCAUUAUAAUGCUAUUAUGAAAUAUAUAUCCCAAGGACCAAUGCUGCUUGAUGUUCACAUGCAUAGACCACACACCACUUCGAGAAAUUAUAUGGAUGCUUUAUUAGCUUUCUGGCCAGGUCUUCAAGUAUUAAAAGGUGACAUAAAGCCAGCAGUUGAAACUCAUGAAAUGUUAUAUCAAGUAAUGCAGAGACACAAAUUUAUACCUGAAGCUUUUACAAUCGAUUUUCAGGUUCACUGGGGUAACCACCCUUUGAGACCCGAGUUUUUAGAGUCUACAUACUUUUUAUAUAGUGCUACUGGAGAUCCUUACUAUUUAGAAGUAGGGAAAAAUGUACUGAAAAGCCUGCAGAAAUAUGCCAGAGUAUCCUGUGGAUAUGCAGCAGUUAAUGAUGUCAGAACGGGUAAACAAGAAGACAGAAUGGAUUCUUUUGUCCUCUCCGAAACUUUAAAAUACCUAUAUCUGCUCUUUGCUGACAAAGAGGAGGUCCCCUUAAAUUUAGAUGAGUUUAUUUUCACUACCGAAGGACAUUUGUUUCCUUUAACUUUAUCAGGCCGUGGAGUCAAUUUCACCAAAGUUACUUCAGAUAUGGAAAUAGAGAAUUCUGAAUUUGCCAUGUCUUGUCCAAACACUUUAUCACUAUUUCCGGAUGCUGUUAGAAAACCACUUAAGCAUAUGGUGGAUGGUAUGUGUCCAAGAAGAUCAAUUAAAAGGAGAUUGACAGCUAGCGAGUUUUCUGCUGCUAAUGUCAACCACUUAAAGAUACUGAAGGAAAUGGGCAUAAAUAUCAUAGCUUUACGUGAUGGAAGAGUGCAAUUACUACAUACUCCCACAAUGGCACGAUCGGCCGCGGAUGCGGAGGAAGGAUUGAUUUUUAUGCAGGAAAUGGCUGAAUUUUCGAAGAUACAAGCGCAGCAACCAGAACCGAUACCGCAAGCGGUCUUGUUUCCAUUCAAAGAUGACGCAAGCGGCGAAACAAAAAUAGUUACAGUUCAAGUCGGUCCUGCUCAGUUUGGAGAGAUUCUAAAAGGUGAUAAAAUUAUAAAGGCAACAGCUACAAAAUUCACGCCUCUCAAUGGGUGCGGUAUUACAGAAGAAUCAACUGGGGUUAAGGGAAAUAUAGCUAUAAUGGAACGAGGCGACUGCAUGUUUAUAGACAAGGUUCGAAGAGCUCAAAAACAAGGAGCCGUGGCGGCUAUCGUAAUAGACAACGUACCAGGUAGUAAUCCAUCAAGCUCUCCCAUGUUCUCCAUGUCGGGCGACGGUACCGAAGACGUAAAAAUUCCGGCAGUAUUUAUGUUCAACCAGGAUGCCAUAAAAUUGCUGAAAGCUUUAGAAGCGACCCCAUCGAUGGAAGUAAUUAUUAGAGAACUGAAAAGUUCGGAAUCUAAUCUGGCAAACGACGAGGAGAGUAUGUUUAAUAGAUUGAAGGCCUCGGUGCAAGAAUUUCUCAAUAAACACACCGGAAUCGGCUUUGAAAGAAUUUUAGAUAAGGGUGAUUUUAAGGCCAUUAUUGAAGAUGAUAGAGAUAUGACUGUAGCAUUUGAUGAUACUAUAAAAGAACCAGGAGAUUAUAAAUUAACAGAAGGCCAAGACAAGAUAAAUGAAGAUUCGAUAAAAGCCGCCGCUAACCAGAAAUUCGAUGAACUAUUCAAAGUGUCAGAUAACGUAGCAUCAGUACACAAACAUAUUGAUACCUUGAUCAAAGAAGAGGAUGUUCGUCAAUAUGAAUCAUUAAUUAAGAGGGUGCAAAAAUCAUUAACUGAUAAUGAUAACAUUAUAGUAGUGUUAGAUAAAGAUAAAACAGAAAAAAGUCGUAAUGAAGAAAAAAUUGAAAGUAUAACUGAAAGCAGUUCUAAAACAGAUAGGCAAGAAAAUCCUAGUCGCGCUGUUGAUGAAUUAUGAUUUUAAAAUUCUCAUUAAGCAUUUUAGUGAAUUAUUUUCGACAUCCGUAUUAAAAAUAUUUAUGUUGUGAUAAUAUAACUUAUGACUGUCCUAAACUAUGUAUAUAGAAUAUUUUAAUGUCAUUAAAAUUAUAAAUACGGUUAA